AAGGGCGUCUGCAUUAAUGCUCCUCAUUUACUUUGAAUGGGUGACAUCAUACGUUACCAAACUGAAUUGUGCAUUCUGUUGCAUUGCUUGCGGCAGAAAUUGAAAAAUUUUCAACUUUUCCAGCGCCAACACGGGCGUGAGCCAAUCAGAUCGCCUUAUGCAAAUACCCUAGAACAGGCGCUAGCCAAUUGCGUUCAUGCAACACCGGAAAGAAUCAUCGUUUACUCACUGAAGAUUAAAUCAUACGGGUUUGGAAUGACAUGAUGGUGAGAAAAUAAUGUAAAUAAUGACAAUUUUCAUUUUGGGAUGAGUUAAAUCUAGUUAAACCUCACUAACUGACUAGUCUGUUGUCAGAUGACUAGUCAACCAUGCUGACACAUUUCUAAAACACUGCUCAAAACUGGUCCUAAUCCUUCCACGUGAACGUCAUGCAUCUUGUCUUUCUUUUUCCCCUCAUUCAUCUGUAAUCCAUCAGCCCCUGAAGCUCAAAGUCCGACAGCCGUUUCAGACGGGUUUCCUGCCAUUAUUGUGGCAUGUGUAGCAGUGGAAGUGUUUUAAUGGGCUCUUCUGUGUCUUCACUCAGGUCUGUGGAUUUAUUGAAACCGUGUCCUGGGGGUUGUUUCUGUGCUGAUGGGUCACUGUGGGUCAGGUUUGCUCUCAGAGGGCCGUUUGAGAAAGAAUCAUGUCAGAUCCUGUUAAUUCCUCCCUCUGAAACCCUGCGGUUGUGAAGUGAGCGAGUGUGUGUGUUUGGUUUAAUUGUUUCAGUGGCAUGCAUCUGGCAGCACUGGUCGAAGCAGACUGGGCAGAUUUCCCUCACACCCCUUCAAAACACAAACCCUCCUGCGUUCUGAUUGGCCCUUCGUGCCGCCCGGGUCUGCGUGGGUGGGUUGGGCUUAGAAGGUUUGAAACAGGAAAUGAAGAAACAUUUGUGCAAUGAGAGGAGUCGCUCUGUGGGUGUGCUGGGAUAUUCCUCUGUCAUUCGGACUUCGGACGGUUGAGAUCUCCUCACACCAGAUGAGGGAAGAUGUUGGCCAUGGAUCAAGGCGUAGUGGAGGAGUGGCUGUCUGAGUUUAAGACUCUUCCAGAGACGGCCGUCUCCAACUAUGCCGCCUCUCUGAAGGACAAGGGCUCUCUGGUUCCAGCGCUUUACAAAGUUAUACGGGAAAAUUACAGUGAUCUGCUGGAGCCGGUGUGUCAUCAGUUGUUCGAGUUUUAUCGCAGUGGUGAGCCGCGUCUUCAGCGCUUUACGCUGCAGUUCCUUCCUGAGCUGGUGUGGAGUUACCUGUCCGUCACGGCCGGCCGAGACCCGCACUGCAGCGGCUGCAUCGAGGCCCUUCUGCUCGGCAUCUACAACCUGGAAAUCGUUGAUAAAGACGGGCAGAGUAAAGUGCUGUCGUUCACCAUCCCUUCCUUAUCCAAGCCGUCGGUUUACCAUGAGCCGUCUUCCUUUGGCUCUCUGGCCUUGACGGAAGGAGCCUUAGCCAAUCACGGCUUGAGUCGAGUGGUUUACAGCGGCCCCCACCUGCAGCGAGAGACAUUCACGGCACAGAACAGGUUUGAAGUCCUGACGUUUCUGCUGCUGUGUUAUAAUGCGGCUCUGAGCUACAUGACCAGUUCAUCCCUGCAGUCUCUGUGUCAGCUCAGCUCCAGAGUGUCUAUCUGUGGGUAUCCAAGGCAACAGGUGCGGCGGUAUAAAGGCAUCAGCGCGCGGCUGAUGGUCACGUCAGAGUUCCUGGUGCAGCUCAUCACGGGGAUUCAUUUCGCACUGUGUAACGGUGAAGUGGACCUGGGCUCCAAGGCUCUGGAUGAUGUGCUGUACCGCGCACAGCUGGAGCUCUUCCCAGAGGCCCUGCUGGUGGGAAACGCCAUCAAAUCGUCUCUUCACGGCGCUACUCUGAAGUCCAAUAAAGAGGGAACUCGCUCCAUCCAGGUGGAAAUCACGCCCACGGCCCCUCGGAUCUCCCGGAACGCCGUCACCAGCCUGUCUAUCCGAGGUCAUCGCUGGAAACGCCACGACGCAGUGGAUUUGGGUUCCCCGGAUGAGCUGACGGAGAUCGCGGAGGUGGACGAGGGCAUCUGCACGCAGGCGUCCGGCGGCCAGGGCAGCCCGCCGACCAUCGUGAUCAGCAACAGCGCCGGGAAGCCGGCGGGAAAGGGUUUGCGUCGCCUGACUGGAAGAUCCAGCAAAGACAAGGAGAAAGACAAGGAUAAGGAGAAGGACGCGGCCACGGGCAUGGAUCAGCUGACGCGCAAGCAGGCGGCCGUCCGCGCCAUGAGCGAGAACCUGGAGCUCCUGUCACUCAAACGCCUGACGCUGACGGCCAGCCAAUCGGUGCCUAAGAGCGGUUCGCUCAGCCUGUCGCGCACCGCCAGCGCCGUCUUCUCGCGCUCCUUCGAGCAGGUCAGCAACGUGUUCGCCGCCGCCACUGGCAACCAGCCGUCCAGCCGCGCGUCCAGUCCCACGUCCAAUCACGUUCCCGAAGGUGGCCUGCAAGACGAGGGCGUGGCCUAUUUGGAGCACCUAAGCCCCGCCCACCAACAUCGGCAGCGCUCGCCCACCAUCAGUAUCCACGUGACCUCUGACCUGUGACCCUAAACUUUGGUUUCUGACUACAGUAAUGCGACUCUAACACAUACAGACGUGGCGCUGCUGCCAUCAUGUGGCACAAAACUGCACCUUACAGGAAGUCUGUCUGUUUUUUUUCCCCUACAGUUGUGUAUAAUUACCAAAGUCAUGUAUUUUUGAAGUAAGUGUUUUUAAAAAAAAAACUUUAACUUUUUUCCCAGUUUGUUCCUGAAGUCGAUCCAUGAAGUUUACACGUGAUUUAUGAGCUGUAUUGUGUUUUUUUUUAAUGCUGUAUCUGUUUUGGGAGCGUCUGAGAGAAGAUCACACAUACUGAACCGUAUUGAGAUUUGUGUGAUUUUUAUGUGUGCGUUCGCAGCCGUUCCCCUCCUCUUUGUAUCCCAGCAUGCACUGGGCUUGAAGCGAAGCCAUCAUUUCACACCGUUUCCAUGGGAAUUUGGAUGCUCGGUUACAAAACCCGAGUGGAAAAUCUGGUGGACUUGAGACACCAAAACAAACAGUAGUCGUCUUCGUUUACAGCGUUUUUCAUGCGGUAUUUGAAAAGCAAUAUGGUUAUUGUUUGAGUUGCUGUAUGUGAGGAUGCGUAAGGCCAUAAGAGAUGCUGUGACACGCGGCAGAUGAGGAACGUGUGUCAUACUGAUGUCAUGCUUUCAAUGCAGAGACCCAGAAAACAGUGUGAUUAUAAGCCAGAAAUCAUUUCUUCAUAUUAAAAUUAAAGAUAAAUCAAUGUGAUUUUUUUUUUUUUUUUUUUUUUUUGGACUAAUUAUAGUUUUUUUUUUUCAUUGGUACAUCACUUGCAUCAAUAUUUAUCUGGUUUUAUUGUUGUUUUUUUGUUUUUUUAGGAAGACAUCUCAUUGGGAAAUGUUUUUGAAGACAUUUUUCUGGUCAUAAUGGUUUGUGCUUUUAAUUUGAAGUGGGUCAUCAGUAACAGUGGUUGUGUCUGUAUUCAGAUUAUUUUGAGAAUGUGAAUAUUUUGUUGUGAACUGUAAAUAUUAUUGUACUAAAGUCUUUUUUUUUUUUGCCUUUCAUCAAAGAAAUAACAUGGUUACAGUCUCUGAAAAUAAAGAUUUCUAUUUCA